CAGGUAGCAACAUCACCAAGAACAUUAUCCCCUUCCCCUAAUGAAUCUGAAGAUAGGAAUGAGCAGGUAGGAACAUUACCAAGGAUGCCAUCACGUCCUAAUGAAUAUGAAGAUAACGAGGAGCAGGUACCCAGGAAACCAUCCCCUCCCCAUGGAUGUGAAGAUGGUGAUAAGCAGGUAGCAACAUCUCCUGAGAGCCCAUCCCCACCCCCAUCCCUUUCAAAAGGUCAGCAAGAGAAUGAAAUUAUCAUCAACAAAAUUGCGGGCUGUGAUGAGCAAAUAUGUAUGUCUCCAAUGUUGCCUCUACCUAAUCCACCCCUGACAGAAGGAAUAGAUCCUAAAAUCUUUAUUGCUACAGCAUUGGACAGACGAGAACUGGUAAGGGCACAGGCCAUAUUUUAG